CAACGCUGAAAUAAAAAAUAACCUAUCAAUUGAAGAAACUAUGUUGCCAAGGAAAGACGGCCAAUUGGAGUCGUAUACUCUUGAAGAUAUGAUAUCUGAUUUACAAACAAGAAGACAUUCUCUAGAUAAUGAUGAUGAUAUUGGUGAUCCUCAUGAAUUAUUAAAACAACGUGAAAAGGAUCUUGUACUGGCUGCUGAACUUGGUAAAGCACUUCUAGAAAGAAACCAGGAACUAACACGUCAAAGUGAUGCACUUGUCGAGGAGUAUUCAAGUAAAUUGGAGUGUCUAGAACAAGAGAGACAUUUACUACGUCGAAGAUUGGAAGAAGUUAAAGGUGAGAGUGAGGCUCGUGUUUUAGAACUUCAGGCAGACAUUGAAACAUUGAGAAGUCAAUUGGAAGAACAAAGUGAACGAUCAAGAAGAGCAGAACGUGACCAAGCAAUUCUUGUAGCUGAAUUAACUGCUCAAAAUACUCGACUUGCUGAUCAAUUAAGAGAAGCAGCUAAAACAGAAGAUCAACUUCUUACUGAGGUAAAAGUACUCAGGGAUAAGUGUACUCUUCGAAAUACUACUCUUCAAGAUCAUGUUAGUAGUUUGGAAAUUCUUCGAGAUGAAGUGCAAUUGGUAUCAGCACAAAGAACAGAAUUGGAAAAACGAUCUCUUGAAUUACGAGAAGAGAGAGCAAGAGCAUUGGCAGCCCUGGAAGAGGCCGAGGAAAGGGCUGCGGCCUUGGAAAGACUUAGUCAUGAAGCGGAACACCGAGCAAGAGCAGCCGAGCAAGAGAGAGAUGAGUUGUCCGCCGCAAUGGCAGCGAUCGAAGUGGAAAAAAGAGGUAGGUCUGGAUCGAUACAGAAGCCACCGAGGUCAUUACAAGCGGAAAUGGAAUGCGAGGUGAACGGAAGUUCGCUUGAAGAACAGGAAGACAUCAAAGUGGAAGUAGAAAAAGCAUGCAAACGACUACGAGAACUAAGCACGCACCUACGAAGAAGUGAAGAAGAUUCAGGAUUACAAAGUGACUGUGAUGAGUCAAUGCUCGUUAUUGUUAAUGGUGCUGAAAAUGAAGGAUAUUAUUCAGGAACACUAACAGAGUUAGUUGAAGAAAUUUAUGGCUUAGCCUUAUCCGGUAGAGGAGCACCAGGAGAACUAGGACUUGCGGUAGAAUUGCAUAGAGUAACUGAAGAACUUGAUGUAGUGAAGCAACAAUUAAAACAGACGCAAGAAGAAUUAAAGAGACGAGGUGAAACAUUGUUAGAAACGACAAGUAAAUUAACAAUCUGUGAAGCUGAAUUACGGGGCGUAAAAGAGGAACGAGAUCGUGCUCGAGGUGAUAUGAAAGAUACUGAUCUAAAUAGAGAUCAAGUAUUGGCUCAAGCUUAUGCUGUAAGAGAUCAAGCUGUUGCAAGGAAAAAUAGAGCAGAAGUUGAAUUAGCAAGAACUAGGAUAGAUGUGCUUCAAGUAAACAGCCAAUUAAUGGAAGCUAUUCAACAAAAAGUUGAAUUAAGUCAACAAUUAGAGCAAUGGCAAAUGGAUAUGCAGGCACUCAUUGAUGAACAUGUGAAAAGUAAACUUACACCAGUUUCUCCGAAUAAUAAUAAUAAUAAUAACAAUAAUUCCAUUGAUAACCCAGAAAUCUCAGCUCCUGCUAGAAAGAAACAAAGUACUGGAAGUUCAAAAAAAAUGUUUGGUCUCUUUUGAGUAGUGAUAUAUUAUUUUAAUGAUAGAUAAAAGAAAAAAUAAUUGUGUAAAUAUUGUAAAUUAAUAGCGAAUAAUAUUUAAUAUUUAAAAUUAAUUAUACCUCAAAAUUAUAUAUUAUAUAAUAUUUAAAUUUAAAUAUAAUUUAUAAAUUAAAUGAAAGUUUAAUUAGAGUUUUACGUAAGAAAAUUCAUAUCAGCUAUUUACGUCCAUAAAAUUUAAACAAGCAGCUAAAGUUACUUAUCUAAUUAUUACCAUUUUUAAUUUACUUGUUAUGAUAUAUCAUCAAUAAAUUAUUUUUGUAUUGAAUUUAUUAA